AUGAAGCACUAUUAAAAUUCUACUGGAGAGUCGUUCAUAAAGAUAAUGAUCGUAAAAUCGUCAACAUAUCCAAAAAUUUUUUUUUCUUCGAUGAUAAUCCAAUGAAAUGUUUGCCAUUUUAUUAAUUUCAUUCAUAGUCAUUUGUAUUGGUACAAUCAUAUUUUUGCUUCUUAUCGGGCAACAAUCUGAUCAAACCAAAUCAUUAAUGUCGGUUCUUGGCAGUGGUGGUCAUACACAUGAAAUGUUAACAUUAAUCAAAUCAUUGAUAAUUCAAGAAGAAUCAAAAGAUUCGAAACAUUUUCCAUUCGAAGAAAUUAUUUUCAUAGUAUCCAGAGAUGAUGAAUUUAGUGUUGAAAAAUUGAAUCAAAUCAUUCCUGAAUGGUCAUCGUCAUCGACGAAUGAUCGAAAAAAUUCAAUCCGAUUUCAAUUACAUCGUAUACAAAGAAGUCGUCAAGUUCAUCAAAAUUAUAUUUCAUCCAUUUGGACUACAUUAAUUUCAUUAUAUCAUUCAUUUAAAAUUAUUUUCAAUAUACGACCGAAAAUUUUACUAUGUAAUGGACCUGGUGUUUGUAUACCUGUCAUUAUUGCCUGUCGUAUUAUUUCCAAUCGAACAAAUAUUAUUUUUGUUGAAAGUUUUUGCCGUACCAGAUCACUAUCAUUGACCGGGAAAAUUCUGUAUCAUACAAAAUUAGUUAAUCAUUUUAUGGUACAAUGGCCAAAAUUGGUUGGAAAAUAUCCUCGAGCUAAAUUUUUGGGAUUAUUAGUUUAACAUCUUUUUCAACAA